UAAUCUGUGGCACGGGGUCAAAGAAGGUCAAUGCGAUUAGUUUUCAUACAUAAAAAGAAAGGUCAAAGUGUGGCGAGAAUAGAACAUCAUACGCAUAAAUUGAGUUGUUGUCCUACCCAAUACCGAUUCCAUAUUAAACCGUGCGUUCAUCAGUAUUUUUAACCGGAACGAUUACACAGCCAUUGAACGGCUGUUCAAAAAUUUUUCGUAUCAGUUCAGCCUUACUGAUAUAUCGGAAACAGAACGUACUAGCCGAAGACAUGGCAUUUUUCGUGCCAAUAUGGUUGGUCAAUUGCGCCAUCAUAUUUCUGUCCAUAUUGGCCACGUCGUACUUCUACAUGACGCGGAACUUCAACUAUUGGAAAAAGAAAAACAUAGUGGAGAAAAAGCCGUUACCGUUUUUCGGCAACUAUUUUCCUUGUUUCGCCCUUCAAACUUCUCCGGGUGACUUCCUCAAGGAUCUGCACGCCGAGCACAACAGCGUUAAUCAACUCGGCUUCUACAUCUUCGAUAAGCCUUGUCUUCUAGUGCGGGACUUGGAGUUGGUCAAUCGUAUUCUGGUGAAGGAUUUCAGCGCGUUCUGUGACAGAUACAGCGGGUCAAACAGUGACGAUCCUCUGGGGGUAGCGAAUUUGUUCACUCUACAAAAUCCCCAUUGGAAAACUGUCCGCACCAAGCUGUCGCCGACUUUCACUUCCGGGAAAUUGAAGCAAAUGCUCCAAUUGAUGGUCAAAGUCGGCAAGGACCUGGACCGAUACUUCGAGACUUUGAAAUUAGAAGGUGAGGGUCGAGUGAUCGAGCUGCGGGAAGUCGUCGCAAGGUACACGACUGACGUAAUUGCGACGUGCGCUUACGGCAUCGAAGCCAACUGCUUGAAUAAUCCUAAUGCUGAAUUUAGAAAGUACGGGAAGAGGAUUUUCAACGAUAGUUAUAAGCGCGCCUUUGAGUUGAGAUCAUUUUUUUUCACACCGGGUAUUACGAAGCUAUUCGGUAUGCAGUUCUUCGAGAGAACUUCCAGUGAAUUCUUACGGAAGGUACUAUGGGACACUCUUACCCAACGUAUGAAAAAUGGGAUUCACAGGAAUGAUCUGAUAGACACUCUCAUCCAGCUGAAGAAUGGUCAAACCGAGGCCGACCUCAAUGAUGAAGGCUCGUUCCAGUUUGACGGCGACAAUCUGACCGCCCAGGCAGCCAUUUAUUUCACUGGGGGCUCUGAGACGACAUUACUUACAAUAGCCUUCACGCUGUACGAGCUGGCUCUACAACCGGAUAUUCAGUCAAGACUGCGAGAGGAGAUAACUUCGGCUCUCGAGGAAAAUGGAGGAAACAUCGACUACGAAUGGGUGAUGCGGCUUCCUUACCUCGGCAUGGUCGUCUCGGAGACGCUUCGAAAGUAUCCUGUAGUACCGUUCAUGGACAGAGUGGUUAACACCGACUACAAGAUACCCGGCAGUGAUACAGUGCUUGAAAAGCAUACGCCAAUCUUCAUAUCUGUGUUCGGAUUUCAUCACGACCCAGAAUAUUUUCCGGACCCUGAAAAGUACGACCCGGAGAGAUUCAGCAACGAGAACAAGCAAACGCGUCCCUCUCGUGCCUACAUGCCAUUCGGCGAUGGUCCCCAUAACUGUAUAGGGUCACGUUUUGCACUGGCAUCGCUCAAGCUCGGCCUCAUCAAGAUAGUAUCAAAAUACAAGUUAUUUCCGAGCAAGGACACUGUGAUUCCGCUGCGACUGAAUCCAAGGACUUUUUUCACAGCCAUGGAUCAUGACCUGUUCCUCAAAGUGCAAAAAAUUGAUGACUGAGUCACGUCGUUGAGGAUUGACCCAGCAUUUAUUUCUCUAACAGGGGUCGUCAAACGGUCAAAUAAUACAUAAAUACAGGAAAAGCUAUAAAGUAAAUGGAUAAAAAAAAAACAGCGCGAGAUAUUCGUAGAAAUUGUCAUGAAAAUCAUGGUAUCAUUUUGGCACGGUCAUU